AUGGCGGCUCUUUCUGUAGUCUCUCCUAUUGGUUUUCUCCUCCUCCUCCUUCUCCAGGUGUGUACCUGGUACACAGCAGUAUCAGAGUUUUCUGUGAAGGGACCAACGCAGCCCGUCAGGGUCCUAUUGGGGGCAGAUGCCAGUCUUCCCUGCCAGCUGGUACCUGAGCAGAACGCAGCCCACAUGCACAUCCUGUGGUACCGCAACCAGCCCUCCCAGGUUGUGCUCAUGUACAAGAACAGGCAGGAGCAAGGCGGGGAGCAAAUGCUGGAGUAUCGUGGCAGGACUGAGCUGGUGGGCACCUCCAUCGACAAGGGGGAUGCGUCCCUGCUCAUCCAGCAGGUGCGGUCCUCUGACGACGGCCAGUACCAGUGUCAGUUUAAGGAUGGUUCCCAGUCUGGAGAGGUCACCGUGCAGCUGCAAGUUAUAGGUUUGGGAUCCAACCCUCAAGUUCACAUGACUGGGCCCACGGAAAGUGGGAUUCGAGUCCUAUGCUCCUCAGGUGGCUGGUUUCCAAAACCCAGUGUACAAUGGAUGACCAAAGCUGGAGCAAAGCUGGAAACUUUCUCUGAAUCUCACACUGAAGAUAAAGAUGGGCUCUUCCAAGUGGAGUCAUCUGUCAUUGUCACAGACAGCUCCCUGAACAAUGUGACCUGCUCCAUCCAGAACCCCCUCUCUAGCCAGAAGAGAGCUUCAGCCAUUUUCCUCCCAGAGCCCUUCUUCCCCAGGAUGUGUCCAUGGAAGGCGGCCACGCUGGGGAUAGUCCCUGUGCUGCUGUUUUUCCUCUCGGGGGUCAGCUUCGUUGGCUGGAGAAAACACCAGGCCAAAGAGGGAGCAAUAAAGAAAAGACAGACCGAAUUUGCGGAAAGGGAGAAGAUGAAGAAGGAAAAAGAAGAGGCCCUUCAGAAGAGAGGAAAACUCAAGGAAGAGUAUGAUCGGCGGAAGGCACUAUAUGAUGCAGAUUGGAAGAAGGCUCUCAUAUACCCUGACUGGAGAAAGGAGCAUUUCACAUGUGUCAGUUUGACUGUAAAUCGUGAGGCAAAAGAUGCUGACAAAAAGGGAACCCUGGAGCCAGCUCUCAAUAAUAAACAAGAUGACAGCAACCUGAUCACACUUAAUCAGGAAGCCAUCACUUCAGGGAGAUUUUAUUGGGAGGUGGAUGUUCAGAACACAGAAGAGUGGACUCUAGGUGUUUAUGAGGAGCCCAUAAAGAGAAGAGGAGAAACUGAAGCUUCGGAAAAGACGUUUAGAAUCUUGGAGAGAAAGGGGGAUAAGUAUAGGGUUCUCGCCUAUUGUCUAAAAGACAUUUCCCAUGAAGAAUGUGCAGAGGUACAAGUGUGUCCACAGAAGAUUGUGGUUUUCUUGGAUUAUGAAGAUAAAGACAUUUCCUUCUACAACAUGACUGAUGGUAACCACAUUUACUCUUUCACCAAGGUUACCUUCAAAGGGCAGCUCUCUCCUUACUUCAAACUUAGAUCCACAGACCUUUCCAAAAAUGCAAAAUAG